AUGUCCAACAAAGAAUCUUGUGAAAAAAAGGAGACGUCCCGGAGAAAAGGCACCACCCUAUCAUCCAAUAUUGAAGAUAAGAGAGAGAGAAAAACAUCAGUAAGUUCUCCUUGUUCAACUUGCUCUAUAAGAUCAGUGUCAUCAGAGAAGAGAAAACUGAAAUCAGAUCCUGCAGAUAUUCUGUACUGUAAUAUGAAAAGAAGACAAGAACUGAAAAGACUGAAUGUAGAAACUGACCCUCCAAGAAAGAGACCAAAAAUUGAUUCUUCAUCCCAAGGACUUGUUACACUCCAGGAAACAUCAUAUUCAAAUAAUAAUCAGAUUAUUACACAGAGUCCUUCUUCAAAUGAAACUAAGAAAGAUAUAAGUAAAUGUGUAGAUUUUCAAGUUAAAGAUAUUAAAUUGGCAAAUGUUAAGAGUAAGCUGGACCAUGGAAUUAAAAACUUUAGCUGUCCUAAGGUGGCCAAAGAUGUGAAACCAAAAGCUGAAGGCCAGGCAAGUGAAAAAAAAUGGCCUCAUUUACUUGCUCAGAGGGAGAAGAUGAAGGAAUUCAAGAAAGAAAGGUACAAUAAAUUUAGAGACAGUUCUGAAAAAUGUGCUUCGGAGAAAUGCAAGAGAAUCCAACUUUCUCAGGAUUGUAAUUCCAGCAAGAUAAUUAAGGAACCCUUUGAAUCUAGAAGGAGAAGGAUUAAUUUCAAAAUCCCGGUAAAAUCCCGCAAUACCCUCCAGAAUCUUGUACAAGAAAAUGUGUUCAGUUUAGGUUCUAACAAGUUAAAGACUAAACAAGAGAAAAAAGAAUGCCCAGAAGCCUCCCAGUUUUCAUUAAAGUUUACAAGGCACAGAAGUGAAUAUUUAUUUUCAGAUUCCACAUAUAAGCAGACUGUUCAUGAGUGGGAAGGAGAAUAUCAUGAGCAUCAAGAAAUUAAUGAUUUAAGUUCUGGUGAAAACCUAACCCAGAGUUUUGAAGCACCAUGUUCUUCAGUGUCACUUGAAAGUAUUCAAGAUACAGAUCAAGAGAUGCAGAUAGUAGAAGAGCUUCAUGCUGCUCGUGUGGGAAAAAGUAUGGAUUUACCUGAGGUUCCACCUUCAGGAGAGUUAAUGAGUAUGGAAAUUGACGUGGUAGAACAUGAUAUACAUUCCUCUGCUGCAAAUGCUGCUUCAGACAAAAAGCUUCUAAUUGUUAUUGACACAAAUAUUCUAAUGAAUCAUCUCAAAUUUGUUAGACUUUUGAAAACAAGAGAAAUCCCAGGCUUUGAGAGACUUGUGUUAAUAAUUCCCUGGGUGGUUGUACAAGAGCUGGAUCGUAUGAAGGCAGGAAAAUUACUGAAACAUGCCCAGCACAAAGCUAUACCUGCAGUUCAUUUCAUCAAUGACAGUCUCAGAAAUCAAGAUAGAAAGCUAUGGGGUCAGUCAAUACAACUUGCAUCUCAAAAACUUUAUGGAUUGAGUGAUGAGAACAAUGAUGAUCGUGUAUUAAAAUGCUGUCUUCAGUACCAAGAACUAUUCCCUUGUUCUCUUGUUAUUUUGUGCACGGAUGAUAGAAAUUUAAGAAACAAAGGCCUAAUAAGUGGUGUGAAGUCACUCAGUAAAGAAGAAUUGAGUGCAGAGUUAUUAAACUUAUCUCUGAACACAGAUGUAUGUCAUCAGCCUUGUAUAUCUAAACAACAAUUGAAAGCAGAAACAACACCUUUGGAGGAGAGCUAUGAGGAAGAAUCUACAAACUCUGGACUACCCCUUCUACUUGAAAAGAUUGUAUCUGAUCUCGAAAGAUCUCUUGGAACAGCUUUAUCUUCCAUAUUAGAAACAGAAAUGAAAAUUGCUUUUGGAAACCUCUGGAUGGAGAUGCUGUACUUGAAACCUCCAUGGACUCUAAUACAUUUAUUACAGUGCUUUAGAAAACAUUGGUUGGCUGUAUUUGGAUUAGUUAUGGAGAAGAACUUGCUCUUAACCAUUGAGAGUCUAUAUGAAAAUCUCCGUAAAGCUAACAAAGCAGUGGAUUUUACAACAGUGAAAUUCCUGCUUCAGGAUUCUGAAAGUUUGCUACAUGCUUUCAGUACAAGGUCAAAUUAUGAUGGUAUUCUUCCACAGGCCUUUGCUCAAGUAAACAAACUACUCCAGACAUUUGCAGAGGGCAAGGCAAAACUUAAGCAAAAUUCUUCGAAAAAUAUCCCGGGUAAAAGCCAGGAAGAUAAUUCUCUGAUGAAAUCUGAUAACCAAGAAAUCACCGUUUUCCCUGGCUCUUAUCCUCCCCAACCCAGCAGGCAUCAAGAAAUCUGGUCUAUCCUAGAGAAUGUUUGGAUUACACUGUAUCAAAACAGCAUGGAUGUGUUUCAAAGGUUGGAUUCAAAUUCAACUCUGACGUCUUCAAAGAUAGCAUCAUUUGAAGAAGCAUUUGUAUAUCUUCAAAAGUUAAUGGCAGCUGUUAAAGAUAUUCUGGAAGGAAUUCAGAGGAUUUUGGCCCCCAACAGUAAUUAUCAGGAUAUUGAGACCCUCUAUAACUUCCUAAUCAAGUAUGAGGUAAAUAAAAAUGUCAAAUUUACUGCCCAGGAACUUUAUGAUUGUGUUUCACAGGCUGAGUAUCGGGAAAAGUUAACCGUUGGAUGCCGCCAGCUGACUGAGAUGGAAUACACCAUGCAGCAGUGCAAUGCCUCUGUCUAUAUGGAGGCCAGAAACAGGGGAUGGCGUGAAGACAUGCUCAACGAUAGGACCUAA